CUUUAUUCCUUGUCGGCGCACAACCUGGAAGAUAAAACUUUAAUGAUAAAUUGAUGGUUUCUAAUUGUAUGGUGGGUCAAUGACUUCACGUGAAGAAGAGCAGAGCUCAAACGCAUCCUAUACCACAGCUGGCGCUACGGUUCUGCCAGCGUCUGGCCAGACCAUGGCUAACGCUGGACACCUCUUUACCAUGGAAGGUGGGGUCUCGGAGAAUGUCAUCCAUGUCAUUAAUCCAGGACAGCUACCCAUGAGUUUGUCCAACAUGAAUGUGGCCAGCAGCACCGUGGGAACCAUCCCCAACUUACAGACCAUCACCAUCUCUCCAGCAAACUUUCCCAUUCCUGUCAGUCUAACACCUACACAGGUCUCUUCUGGUGGAGUGGCUAAUGGCACACAACAGAUGGUGAUGACAACUCAAGAUCUUGGAGCUAAGCUGAAGGACGGUCUACCCACCCAGGUGGUACAGGUGCCAACAGCUAGUAUCACAACCAUAGAUUGGGCAGCCAAACUCAAAGAACUGCAGCACACCCAACGUCUUGAACGAUUAAGAGAGGAACAACUCCAGAUGAGAGAGAAGAUGGUUAACAAAACACCAUUUGAACAGAAGACGCAGUUUGAACCAUGUGUUGUUUGUGGUGACAAAGCAUCAGGUCGACAUUAUGGAGUGAUCAGCUGUGAGGGCUGUAAGGGAUUCUUUAAAAGAAGUAUACGUAAACAGUUAGGGUACGCCUGUCGAGGAAACAAGGACUGUCCAGUGAACAAGCCUCAUCGUAAUCGCUGUCAAUAUUGUCGUCUUCAGAAGUGUCUAGCUGUAGGAAUGAGAUCUGAAUCUGUACAACAGGAACGGAAACCUCCAGAGAAGGAAAAGAUCCCAACGACUGUUGCCACCUCAACUCAAAGGAUCUACAUCCGGAAAGACCUCAACAGUCCCUCCGCAGCCAUCCCCACCUUCUCAGCCAAAAUCUCAGAAGAGAUGACUCCUCGGGCGGCCUCUAACCUCUUGGCUAACUUACAGGAACGUAUUGUCCAAACAGAUCAAGGAUCUUUAGUGCUAAGUGCAAACUCCCCACAAACAACAGCUAACACAGAUCUGAGUACUCUAGCCAGUGUUGUGACUACACUAGCAAACAUGGGUAAAAAGAACCAGGAAGAAGUGGACCUUCAGAUUCCUCACCCAUUUGAGACAUCUACUGUCACAACAUCUUCUGUAGCUAAAGCAUUUGAUACUUUGGCCAAAGCUGUUCAGACACAACAAUCUCUCAAUUCUAGCCAGAUGGAUAAUUCAGGAAUGUGUGACAGUAGUCUAGAUCAGUCAGCUCUCAGCAUGGACACUUCUGCCUCGGAAUACAACCGGGAUGCCGUUGUACUAGAUAUUGAUGGUCCAAUUCUAAAUGGACAGAAUUUCCAGUUCAUGCUGACUACUCCUUCUCCAAUGCCAGCAUACCUUAAUGUCCACUAUAUCUGUGAGAGUGCGUCCAGACUGCUUUUUCUGUCCAUGCACUGGACUCGCUCCAUUCCAGCUUUCCAGAUACUCAGCCAAGAUAUCCAGACCAUACUUGUGAAGUCAUGCUGGAGUGAAUUGUUCACUCUGGGUCUGGCCCAGUGUGCUAAUAAUAUGUCUCUAUCUACCAUUCUUAUGGCUAUACUCAACCAUUUACAGACAGCACUACAACAAGAUAAAAACUCUGCAGAACGUGUGAAGACUGUGAUUGACCACAUAUUGAAGCUGCAGAACUAUAUUCAUUCCAUGCACACAUUACAGGUGACAGAACAGGAGUAUGCCUACCUAAAGGCACUCAUGCUCUUCUCUCCAGACAAUCCUUCUUUGACGAACUCCUCACAAAUAGAGCGUAUCCAAGAACAGGUACAACGAGAGUUGAGUCAACAUUUACAGCAGGUUCAGCCAAACAAUGUGGACCGCAUGGGCAAACUGAUGCUACGUCUGCCCCCACUCCAUGCCCUCAGUCCUGGCGUCAUGGAGGAGCUCUUCUUUGCAGGACUUAUUGGUAAUGUUCAGAUAGACAGUAUUAUACCAUACAUCCUGCGAAUGGAAACAGCCGAGUACAACUCACAGAUGGCUGGCCAGGGGCUCCUCAACAGUACUCUGUCUGCCACUGACACAACAUCUUUUGAGGCAUCGGCAGCCCAUACUGUGUUACUCGGUACACCAGGUGUGUCGACAGAGACCAUGGCCUCCUUACAGCAUCUGCAUAUACCAACAACAGCGUGCUGAUCCUCAAGGAUGUUCUAGACUUGAGAAAUAACAUGGAGUCACAUCUUUACAUGUAAAAAGGGCAAGACAUGGUUGUAAUGUUUGUUGGUUCUGGUAAUUAUUGACACAUGUAUCAUAUUUUCCCAAGAUAUAUUUCUGUUUGAUUGAAAAAUCUGAUACAUGCGCAAAUAUGUUUUGACCUUUUCCUUUCAAUGUUAUAUGUCAAAUGUUUUGUUUUACCUUUGUUAGUACACCUGUGUAAGAUUUGUCGUAUAUGUAUGUGUACAGUUAAAGAUCCUGAGAUCUGUGAUUUACCUAAUGGAAGACUCAAGGGGGAAAUUGUUCUGUGCCAAUGCUAUGUAGCAUCGAAAUAUUUCUCAAAUUUCAAGAGUUGUAUACCUUCCGUUGAAGUUGAUGAGUCCUGAAGCAGUCCAUGCUUUUACAGAAUUUUGUUUCUUGCUUUUUUUUAAUAAAGUAAAAUAAAAAACCAAAAACGAUCAUCAGAGGAUAGUGAGCCAAAUUGUAUUUUACCAAAGCUUAUUAUGUUAAUAAUUAGUAAUCAGGUUACAACAGAUUGUAUAUGAUUUGAUAGUUUUUUUCUAUAAAAAAAGAUGUAACUUAAUAUUAAAUUAGCUUAUUAGUGCUAUGAAAACCUAGUCAGAUUUGUAAGCUAUUUGUACUCUAAAUGAUACCUGGAAAUAUAGGUCAGCUGUUGCAUGUCAACUUAUCUGUUGCAUGUUUGGAUCUGGGCACAGAAUAGAUUAUAUAUGUAACAGGUGUAUUGGCAGACAGUGUUAGUGGAUGUGAUCGAAGAUGGUAUAUUAAGUAGCUCCCUUGAUUUUUGUAUCAGCCCCUGAAAUUUACAUAUUACAUGGUAUUCUUCCCACCUACUUACCUUCCUUGUAACUUCUUCAUCCAUCAAUUCUAUAUGAACUUACCCACUCAUGUCCUCUCCUUAUCAAAAGAGAUAUAUUUGUAACCUAUUUUGAUACCUAUAUUUGUUUAUCUAGUCUAUAACUGGUUUCUAGUGUAAAUUCCAUCAUAAUAUUGCUGUUGAUAUUUAUAUGUUUCUCUGUGUUACCUUAUAUUGUUGCUUCUCCACUCUAGUUACAUUUAUACUUUUGUCUUGUGUGUGAUGUUUUUUUUUUCAAAGGAAGAGAAAAAAAAAAGUUCUCUGUAAAUUUAAUUUUUACUAUUUAAAACAACCAGUAAAUGAUGUCAUUUUUCCUCGCUGAUUUCAAUUUUACAAAAUAUCAAGAACUUCUUGAAAAGGGUUGCAAGCCGUUCAUUGAAAAAAGUUAAAUGAUUGACUGUGGUUAUGAUUAUUUCCAGCAGUUAGAAUUUAGGAAUCAAAAUGCUAUGAACAGGUUAGAUUAAUUAAUUUUUUUAAAUGUGUAACUGCUAUUAUGAAAAUGAAAUAAUAAAAAUCUAUUAUUGUAGAGUAUUUUUUGUAUGAAAAUACAGCACUAUUACACAUAAUAAUAUUUAUUUUAAUUCUAACAAUAGAACAUACCAUGCUGGAAUUUAAAAUGUUAAUUUUAAAGAUAUGCAUUUGCUAGAGAUGAAUGAGGUACAAAACUCAGCAUUUGUUCUAUUAUGUAAAUGGUGGCAUUUUCAUGUUGCAUGAUAAUGAUUUUUUUAAACAGCUAUUGGAUAUACCAACUGUCCAUCUAGUUAUUUUGAUAUUUUCCAUCUCCUGUCUUGUGUAAGUUAUGCUUAUAGUUGUAUUUCAGUAUAUAUCACUAAAUGGUAGGAUUAAGACAGUUUGAAAAUUGUUGUCCGAUAACAUGGGAUUGUCAUCGCUAUCAUGUUCCAUCCAACAGGAUAUUACUGUGAUUUCUGCCAAACUAGCGAGCUGUGGACUCAUUUCUCAUGUCAUUGGUUGCUUAUUAGUUUUACAUCUAAUGUACAUAGAGCACACACAGUCUCACUGAAACAAAUACUGUUCAUUAGCUUGUUGUCCAAGAUAUCAGGAUUUGAAAUUAACAAAAAAAAAAUCCAAGACAGUGCUGUCCAUAUUUCUUCAUUUUUUUUCUUGUGAGCUAAAGAAAUAUUUGAUGUAAAUGUUGUAUAUAUAUGUGUAUAUAAAUGAUAUAAAGUAUAAGAUUAUGUGUAAAAUUUGUCUUAAGUGUGUACAGUUCAUGGUAGAUUGAUGUUUUUCUUAGUCCCAUCAGUACUGUUUUUUCAUCACAAGAUUUUGUUUACACUUGUAAAGGUUAUGCUAUUGAAGACAGAUACUAUAUCAAUUGUUGGAAGUAUCAAAAACACAUAUAUACACUUGUUGAAAUCUCAUAUAAUGAGAGCAUUUUUUUUUUUUUUUUUUUUGUACAUAGUAUUUGAUGUUUUAUGUUUUCUCACCUGUUAAACAGGUAAAAAGUAGAUUAAAGGGAGGUUCUAAUUGCAUAUCUUGUUCAAUAUAGGUAGUUCAUAAUCUGCACCAUUCAUUGCUAAAUGUGUAAACUGGUCAAGAUUUUGCUCACUAACAGAGGUUAUUUUGGACUUUUUAAUUUUUUGUUUUGGAGGACAGUUUAGAAGUUGAUUUUGUGCAUUUUCAGAUUUCCAUGAGAGAAACAAUAUCUUAUUUUGAAAGAAAACUGAAUCUGAUAAAAACUAAGCUGUAUUAAAUGUGAAUGAGAGAUCUGAGCCUGCUAUAUAAGGUCACUAUAGUUUCUUGAAAGGUUUGUGACCAUUUACUAUAGAUAAUAUAGGCAGAUAUUUGUUCUAAAAUAUGUUUUUAAAUUAGUUACUGGUUGAUUAGUUUUAGAAUGGUGAUUUUUAAUUAAGUUUCCAAAGUUUUUCUUUUAAAUAUUCAGACACUUAGAAUUACAUAUAAAAAAUGUAAAGAUAUCUGUAGCAAAUUGACAAUAAUCAACAGUGUAGAUUAAAAAAAAACAUAACAUGACAAUGUCAUGUCUCACGUUUUCCAUUUCAUGCAUUUUGAAAAAAGUUUUAAAAAUGUAAGCAUGGUAUUCAUUGUUCAAAGUAUUAUUUUCAUGUCUCAAUUUUGAUUGCUGAACUAUUGGUAGGCUUUUGUGCUUCAGUCAUUUUUGUCUGAUGGUGAAUUUGCAGCUUGUAGAGUACAAUGAUACAUAUUUUUUUUGUGACAUUACAACAGUGUGCUGGUCCUGAUAUAUAGAGAUAAAAGGAUGUGAAUUUGGUUGUUACACUUCCUAAACUAAUGAUGAGAGAUAUUUGUGCACAGUGGAACGAUGUUGGCCUCUUCACUUGUCAUAAGAUUUCUGCACCUCAUUCAUAGUACUAAAUUGUCUCUAUAAUUUCUGCAAAGCUUGAUGUUUACCAUUCUGUAGCAGAAAGAAUGAUGGUCAAAUAAGUACAGUGAAAUCUCACAAUUAAGACCAAUGUUGGGACAGGGAAUAAGUGGUCUUUAUAAUGAGUAUGACCAAAUAGGUAGACCUCUCUUCAAAUCACUUUUUAACAGUCAUUAAAUCAUUAUAUUGGCUUUAACACACAGUAAUUUCAAUUUGGAAAUCAGUUUGACACAUAAACACAUGUAACAGAGGUCAUUAUUUAUUUUAAUGCCACCUCUAGGAUUCGAACCAAAGGCCACUGCCUUACUAAGCUGACACAGAAUCAAUCAAGCGAGCAGUUCUCUCUAGCAGAGAGGUAUAUUGUGGCUAGUAUGCUAACAGGGUUAAUACAACUAAUUGACCUAACACCUGGCACCUGAACAUGGUGGAUUUCACACCAAGUAACAAUGUCAGGUUUUAAUGUCUGGUCUGUGGUCUGAUUAGUGAAGUGAAAUUUAAUGAAAAACAGAUCUUUGGGAUUUUAAAAACUGAUUUUCGUUUCAAGGUGGCCUUAAACAAUAUAAUGAAAUGGUAAUGAAACAUACAACACAAGGACAUAUGAAGGAUUUUUUGAGACUGUAAUGAAAUGAUCUUAACGAAGUGGUCCUUAAUGCAAGGUGGUCUUAAAGGGAGGUAAUACAAAAUUCGACAUUGCAUCCAGGUAUCUCUAACUUUAUAAAUAACUUGUAACUGUGUUUAAAAAUACCCUUUAGAAGUAGGGAUGAGACUUUCAUCGUUCCACUGUAGUUUGGUGAAGUAUUUGUAGUGGUCAUUACUGACAGUGAUCAUGCUGUUUGUUGAGACAUUGUGUAUAUUUUACAUGUUUAACUACAUAUAUGAUGUCAAGUGUCUUUCUAAGGUGCUAACCUAUAGCUGCUGGCUUUGUUAAUAUAAAACAAAUCUCAAUUUUCUUUUUUUGUUUUUUUUUUGUUUUUUGAACCCAAAUAUAUUAUAGACAAAGUACACUAAAUUUAUUUAUCUUUUUUUUUUUAACAUGAAGAACAUUAAUUAAUACUAACAGGUACUAUUAUCCUUUGUCUCUGCAUUCAUUGUUUGAUGGAGGUUUUGACGAAGCCAGUAUCUGUAUACCAUGUAAAUCACAAGAGUGGUUUGCCUACUAUUGACAUAAGUAAUCAAAAUGACUAAAAUUAGACAACAAAAUACCUUUUUAUCUUUGAUAAAAGGUCCCUUAUUGUUACAAUAAGCCAUCUUGUAACAUAUUUAUUAAUCUGACAUAGGAAGGCGAUGAUUUCACAUCACAUUACCUGACCAGUACUAUGUAUAAAAUCUUGUCUUUUAUUUACUUGUCAAGGUAGACUUUAUUCUGCAGUGCAUUGCCUAGCCUCCAUUUAUAUCGUAGAAUUUUUUUUGUGCUUCACAUAUACCAAAAUAAAUCUAUCUUGAAUAUUUUAAAAACUAGGAAAUGAGUGCAGUCUUUUUUUGUGAUUUUUUAUCAGUAGAGAUAUUCCAAGAUCAUGUUUGAUAUGAUUUGCUUGCUUAUUUUGAAUUUUUAAAUAACUUUUGUUGCUUGAUAAUGGUGAACAUGCAUGCAGAUGUAAAUGUAUCUUUUCUAAAUGCAUUAGCACAUUUCUUCUCAAAUUUUUUCAUAAAAACAUUGUGCACUCGAUUAAGUAAAACAAGACAUGAUCGUUUUAUUUUGUCAGAAGUAUAUUUAAAAUUGUAUUGGUACUAUUGAACUUGUGAAACUCGCAUUUGUAUAAGCAUGAGAACCAAAAUGUUAUGAAAUGUUGGUAUCCAUGUAUUAGGAUUGCUUGCCAUAGUACAUCAUGGGAGCUUCAGUUCUAUUGUUUUAUUUUGUUAGAUUAUGAAUGUCCUGUCAUAUCCAUGCUUGAUGAAGUAAAAUUCAUUUAUGUUGAA